CAGGAAACCGGAGCUGCUAAACUGAGCCGCUGCCUCGGUUUGACGCCUAAACGGGGGACUUAUUAUUUGGAGUUUAACGUUAUAGUGUAGGAUUUCUGUUUGGUCUGUGAACUGUUAUAACACAGCAAAAUGGCCUUAUUCAAGAAGAAGCAGACUGUCGAAGAUGCAAUGAGAACACAGUCGAGGGAGUUGCGUGUCACUCAGAGAGGCAUCGCCAGGAACAGAUCAGAGCUGGAGAAGCAAGAGAAACAAUUGGAAUUAGAGAUCAAGAAAAUGGCAAAGAGCGGUAACAGAGAAGCAUGCAAGAUGCUCGCAAAGCAGCUCGUCCAAUUAAGGAAGCAGAAGAAUCAUACGUAUGCCGUCAGCUCCAAGGUCACGUCCAUGUCUUCACAGACGAAGCUUAUGAACUCACAGAUGAAGAUGGCUGGUGCCAUGUCCACGACAGCCAAGACAAUGCAAAAGGUGAACCAAAAAAUGGACCCAGAGAAGGUGAUGAAGACCAUGAAGGAGUUUCAGAAGGAGAACAUGAAGAUGGGCAUGACUGAAGACAUGAUCAGUGACACUUUAGAUGAAAUCUUUGAGGAGUCUGGGGAUGAAGAAGAAUCUCAGGACAUUGUCAACCAGGUUCUGGACGAGAUCGGCAUUGAGAUCUCAGGAAAGAUGGCGAAAGCUCCUACUGCAGGAAAGCGUCUCCCCGGCGAGGCCUCUUCUUCCAAACAGGCCGGGCUCACUGAUGAGGACAUUGAGAGACAGCUCCGAGCACUGGGAGUGGACUAAUUUGUAAAGCUACAGCUAUGAGAGUGCACGUGUAUACACACGUGCAGACAUGUAUAUGAAGACGUGCUCACACACCCAGAUCACAAGAACGUAACAUCAGAUGUAUUUAUGCAGAAAAACAUGUUUUAAACUGACCUCAGCAUGGCCCGAGUACGAUGCUGCUCUGCCCACACCGGCCUUCACCACCUCUUUCUCUGUAAGGACGAACAUUAUAUAGGUCAGCCUCAUGGAGUUUUUUUUUUUCUUUUCUACUCCCAGCAGCACUCAAAACCAACCCACAAACAAAAAAGUAAUAAGUAGUUAGUAGUAAUGGUUAAUGCGACUUCAGGCCAAUGAAUCAAAAUCGGUUCCUGUGGUAAUCUUAAAUUUGAGUCAAAUGAUCCAAUUUACUGCCAUGUUCUUACCAUUUUAAUUGGCUCAUGUUCCUGAACUGUUGCAAUGUGAUGCUCAUGCUGGGCCGCUGACAAUUGGCUGUUUAGAGCACAUUGUUACUAGACAUUUUUGCGCAACUGAUCAACUAAUUUGUUUUAACUACUCAUGUAUGUUACCAUAGCAACUGGAGACGACAUGAAUUUGUUUGUGUAUUAUAAAGUGAAAUGUAGGUGAUUAUGGACGCCUUCAGGCUUUGGUACGCUUUCCCGUAACAUGAGAAUGAUGCAUAGAUGACAACUCAAGACGGAUUGAUCUGUUGGCCAAAAUUAUAGGAUGUGUAAUUAGUACAAUUAGAUCACUUCCAUGGGCGAGGGGGGUGGGGAUGGUGUUUGAAUUUAAAUUGGGACUAACAGGGUUUUGAUGGUGUCAUUCUACUCAGUAAUGUUUGUUUCUUUGGUUGUGUAUCUUCUAUUUAAUGUUGGGUUUUGCAGUGAUUGUGGGAUGACGCCGGUCCUACAGUCUCUCUGGUCUUUCAGCUGCUGUGCAGUUACUCAUUUUCUUCAGCUGCCUUGCUCGUUCACUCGCACACACUACGGUAAUGACCUAAAGGAAGUUUUUGCCAAUGUGACAUUGUGAUCAGGUGAUGCUGUCACAGAUUCUUCUCUGCUCAGAGCCAGAUCAGGCAGCUUUUAGGCUGCACAAGGAUGACUGAGAAAUCUGCUCAUAGAAUUUGAUUUAAUUGUAUAGUCUCUGCAUGAUGACAGGAGCUUUUAGCCGCAUUGUAGUUAGUCCUACCGAAGUUCUUUACAGUCUGUAAUAUUAUAUCUGUGGCUGAACAAGCAGCUAUGAUGUUAUUAUAGGACACCUGAUAGCUACCAGUAAGUAUGUUAUAGUCUUUAUCGUGGCCUCCCCAGGAAGCGUAAAUCAAUCAGUCAGUGAGUACAUACCCAACAGCUGUCUUUUGUCUGGGGAAGGGAAUCGAGCAUCUCCCCAGCACUUUGAUAUGAAUAACUACGACAUGGGACAUUGAGUUACUGCUGAAAUGUUACCAUUAAUCACAUGGUGGCCAAUCGAGGCUGAUCAUGAGGGUUAAUCGACUAUAAGCAUACUAACAACAACAUGUCUAAACGCUGAUUAAUCUUUGUCUUGAUUAAAAUAAAUUUUUCUCCUGAAUCUCAACAGAUUCAUGUUCAGUCAAGCAUGUAAAAACAGACUUUUCCUAAAUCACCCUUUCAUCUGGCUUUUAACAGUGUCCUGUGAGCAGAAAUGUUUAUGCAACUUGAAACACAUUUUGAUACUGGCUGAGUGCAGUUAAAUUGCUGGGAAAUUUCAAUACUUUAUGAAAGAUUUGUGUACACUCCUGUACAUUUUCAGUGUAAAGUGAAUCUUUUAGGUUUGAUGGCUUUUUAUAAGGAAUAAAUUUUCUUCAGGUGCCACUG